UGUACCGAAAAUAGCUAGCACUUUGUCCGCUCUUUCCAUGCACGAAACGUGAAAUUGUCGUCUUACAUGGUUCCGUGUAAAUAAACGAGGCGCGUAGAAGUAAAAAAGUGUAAACGGAAGUUGUUCUACGUAUUCUACAACCGUGUACAAAAUUCCACAGGACUGAUCAUGAAUGAUAAACAAGACGCCGACAAAUGGGUGAUGAAACAAGGAACCAAGUACAGACAACGUUAUCGAAAGGAAUGGGAAGAGUGUCCAGCUUUCAAAGGUUGGCUGGCUCCUGUGACUGAGAACCCGUGCAUAGCGUUCUGCAGGAACUGCAAAAUAACAUUUACAGCAAAGCUGAGUGACAUCCGUUCCCACUCCAACUCUCGUAAGCAUCAAAAGGCCAUGCAGGGUCAACUCCCUCGGAAAAGGAUGUCCAGUGUGCUUCGGUUGCAAGGCAUUGAGUCCCUGGACGUGUCCAACAUAGUGAAUUUGUACCGUGAAAUGUCACGUGUGCCCACGCCCAAGUCGGCCACCUUGUUGCUCAACCAAGACACAGUCAACCUGGAGACGGUGUGGGACAUGAGGGAUGUGGAGCAGGGAGAGCGUGUUGCCUUCACUCGCCACCAUGUGGGUCGAUUGGAUGCUGAAUCCAACCUCUCCUUCCAACCUGUUGGCCACCCUCAGACAUGCCCUUCUGAGUCCUUAACAGCGCAGUCACACUCUGGGGUGUACAAGGCUGUGCUGCGAAAAGUGAACAAGAAGGGAGAGGACAAACAGUAUAUUGAGUUUUGGGACCAAAAUUUGAAAUUAGACUCUGUCGAUCUUGAAAGUGUUGGAGUCCAUGGGAAGGUGCACGAGAAGGGUCCUUUUUACAGCUUCUGUUGGUCGAACAGCGAAAAUCAGGUGCUAUAUGUGGCGGAGAAGAAGCAACCCAAACGGGCAUCUUACUUCACUCGGAAUGAAAAAGACGAAAUGGAAAAGGGCACAGAAUUUUUGUACAGGGACGACUGGGGAGAACAACUGAAAGGCUUCUGCAGUCCUGUUCUGUGCACCAUCAAUGUGUACAGUUGUGCAAUCAACGUCAUCCAAAAUUUCCCGGAUGAUAUCUCACCUGGAGAGGCGGUGUGGGCUCCUGAGGACACUGGCAUUGUGUUCAUUGGUUGGGAUGGCAGCCCUUGGAAAUUGGGAGUGUAUGCCUGUAACAACAGAAGGUCUCAGCUGUACUAUUAUGACUUUGAGGGUGACAACUACAUAAGCAUUGGAGACACAGCCAAGUGCAUCUACUCACCUCGAUUCAGCCCCGAUGGGAACAUUUUAGUUUAUCUGCAAUCUGAGGUCGGGGGGCCACAUUUUCAGUCCUGCCAACUUGUAAAGUGCAACUGGGAGACGAAACAGACAGUCAUUGUUGUCGACACAGUUGCGUCGCCCGCCGGGAACGAUUUUCCUGGCCUGUACCUAAACAAGCUCCCACAAAAUUGCUUUAUGAGUGACUGCACAACAGUGGUCCUCUCCAGCUGUUGGCACAGCAAGUGGGAAGUGAUUGGUAUCAACACUGAGUUUGGAGAUCUGAUGAAGCUAAGCAGAGAUGAAACAGUUGGGUUUUGGGAGGUUCUGACAGUGAAAGAGAACUUCAUUGUGGCGGCCUUAUCAGCUCUCAAUUCUACGCCUCAUAUUGUUGUCGGUAUGCUGUCGUCGGAGGGGUCGGUAACGGUCUGGACUCCAGUGGAGCAAGAUGACAACAAGGUGUCUGGCAUCAGCUGGUACAUCCUGCAGUUCUCCCCACCUGACGAGUCAAACAUGAUUUUUGAAGCAACGCUCGUGACACCCAAGAAUGAAACCGACUUGCCUUUAAUUGUGUGGCCUCACGGAGGACCGCACACAUCCUUUCAUGCAGGGUUCCAGCUCUUCCCUAUACUUUUUGUCAAAUGUGGUUUUGCUGUUCUUCUUGUGAACUACAGGGGAUCUACUGGGUUUGGGGAAGAGAACCUUCGAUCCCUCAUAGGGAAGAUAGGCCAGCAAGACAUCUUUGAUGUACAGUGUGCAGCUGAAGUGGCUGCCCAGAGAGAUGAAAUCAACCCAGAUAAGAUGGUCAUCUUUGGAGGUUCUCAUGGGGGCUUCAUUGCCUGUCAUGCAAUUGGACAGUUUCCAAACUUCUACAGAGCUUGUGUUGUGAGAAACCCUGUGGUGGAUAUUUCAGUGAUGGGCCCUUCGGACAUCCCAGACUGGUUUUGGAUUGAAAGUGGCCUGGACAAUAACUACAAGUAUGAUACAGUGGCUGAACCUAAGCACAUGGAGGUCAUGUGGAACAAGUCCCCCGUGAAGUUCAUCAAGAACGUACGUGUGCCUUCAAUGUUUCUUUUGGGAGCCAAGGACGAACGAGUGUCGCCCUCUCAAGGAAUGAAAUUCUACAAAUCCCUCCUUGCGCAAGGCGUCACUGCUCAGUUGCACAUGUACGACAGCAAUCAUUCGUUAGCAGAUGUCAGCGUGGAGGCAGACUGCUUUGUAAAUACUGUUCUGUGGUUCAAGAAAUUCUUGAACUGAGUUGUUCAAUGCUGCACUGUUUGGGCUUCGAAAUAAACUGGGUGGCCUUUUCAGCUUACUACAGACAAAGUGAGGCCAAUGACUAUUUUAAAAA